CAACCCUUUGCGCGACGAUCAGGAAUAACUCUACAAAGCACAAGUUUUCACUGCUACUACGCCUCCUCGUCAGUUGAAAAAAACCAUGUCUGAGAACGUGGAACGUCUGAACAAGUUCAAGAACAAAGGCAAAGAUGCUAAUGAACUUCGACGCAGGAGAGUGGAGGUGAACGUGGAGCUCCGCAAGGCGAAGAAAGAUGACCAGAUGUUCAAAAGAAGAAAUGUGUCUGCGUUUCCUGACGAGGCCACUUCUCCCCUUCAGGAAAGGACUCAGAACUGCCUGUCUGCCAGACAGUGGACGGUUGAGGAGAUUCUCUCAGGAGUGAACAGCAGCGACCUCGAGUCCCAGCUCCAGGCGACACAGGCUGCCAGGAAGCUCCUGUCUCGUGACAAGAACCCCCCCAUCAACCAGAUGAUCGGUGCCGGCCUGAUCCCCAAGUUCGUCUCCUUCCUGGGGCUGGUCGACUGUCCGCCGAUCCAGUUCGAGGCCUCCUGGGCUCUGACCAACAUUGCCUCUGGGACGUGUGAUCAGACCGCUGCUGUGGUUGAGGGUGGCGGCAUCCCGGCCUUCAUCAGCCUGGUCACAUCGCACCACCAGCACAUCAGCGAGCAAGCGGUGUGGGCCCUUGGAAACAUUGCUGGUGAUGGCUCGGCUCUUAGAGACAGGGUCAUUAAAAAUGGCGCUGUGGCCCCUCUUCUCAGUCUGCUGGCGGUCCCUGACCUGUCUGUAUUCAGUACCGGCUACAUGAGAAAUGUCACAUGGACGCUGUCUAACCUCUGCCGCAACAAGAACCCCUCCCCCCCCAUAACGGCGGUCCAACAGAUGCUACCCGCUCUGGUUCGUCUGCUGCACCACGAUGACCGGGAGGUGUUGGCCGACACGUGUUGGGCCGUUUCAUACCUGACAGACGGCUCCAAUGACCGCAUCGAGGUGAUGGUCCAGACCGGCUUAAUUCCUCGCCUGGUGAAUCUGCUCGGUGCUGAAGAGCUGCCCGUCAUUACCCCAGCACUGCGUGCCAUCGGCAACAUUGUGACUGGCACGGAUGAGCAGACCCAGGCGGUGCUGAAUGCCGGGGCCCUGACCAUGUUCCCCCGGCUGCUGCGCCACAAGAAGGCCAACAUUCAGAAGGAGGCAGCCUGGACUCUGUCCAACAUCACAGCAGGGAAGGACGCCCAAAUCCAGGAGGUCAUCGACUCGGGAAUCAUUCCACACCUGGUCAAUACGCUUGUGCAGGGAGACUACAAAACUCAGAAGGAGGCUGUGUGGGCUGUUACAAACUUCACCAGUGGGGGCACCGUUGAGCAGGUGGUUUACCUUGUACAAGCCAAUGUGCUCGAGCCUCUUCUGAAUCUCCUCUCCUCCAAGGACAGCAAAAUUGUCCUCGUCAUCUUGGAUGCCAUCACCAAUAUCUUCAUGGCCGGGGAUAAAAUUGGGGAGUCGGACAAGCUGAGUCUAAUGGUGGAAGAAUUGGGCGGACUGGACAAGAUCGAGGCUCUGCAGUCUCAUGAGAAUGAGAUGAUCUACAAAGCAUCCCUCAAUCUCAUUGAGAAAUACUUCUCUGACGAGGAGGAGGUGGUGCAGAGUGUGGUCCCAGAAGCAACCGAUGAUGGUUUUGCAUUCAACAUCAGUGAAAACCAGAGCACUUUCAAUUUCUAGAUGACGUUCUAAUACCUCUACUCAACUUUACUGUUUCCUCUUUGCUACUGUUUGUCCUUUUGUUCAUGUGAUUGUGGAGUUCCUUUUGUAUGUAUUGUACAUACUGUUUUAAUACAGAAGAAACAUGAUUGUAAAUAAAGUUAUCAGAUCAUG